AUUGGAUUCAAGUGUUCCAAUCACCUCCAUAGCCACAGGUGUAUACAAUCAAGCACCUAGGCAUGCAGACUGCUUCUACAAACAUUUGUGAAAGAAUGGGUCACUCUCAGGAGCUCAGUGACUUCAAGCGUGGUACCAUGAUAGGUUUCCACCUGUGCAAUAAGUCCAUCCAUGAAAUUUCCUUGCUGCUAAAUAUUCCACGCUCAACUGUUAGUGGUAUUAUAACAAAGUGGAAGCAACUGGGAACAACAGCAACUCAGCUAUGAAGUGGUAGACUAUGUAAAAUGAGAGUGGGGUCAGCACAUGCUGAAGCUCACAGUGCGUAUAGUUGUCAACUGUCUGCAGAGUCAAUAGCUAAAGACCUCCAAAUUUCAUGUGGCCUUCAGAUUUGCACAACAAAAGCGUGUAGGGAGCUUCAUGGAAUGGGUUUCCAUGGCCAAGCAGCUGCAUCCAAGCUUUACAUCACUAAGUGCAAUGCAAAGCAUCGGAUGCACUGGACUCUAGAACAUUGCCAGGUGAAUGCUACUUGCCUGACUACAUUGUGCCAAGUGUAAAAUUU